GUGUGUGUGUUUUCAAUGGACGUGACGUGUGUGAGCGAGAUGUGAAUUGAAUAUUUUGAAUUUUACUAAAACUCGAUACGAAACGAACAUUUUUUUUAUGCUAUUAUUUGUGAUUUUAUUCUAAGUUUAUCGUAUUAUUGUGUCCAUUUAUCUUAUAAGAACAGUACCAAAUGUACUUGUUAAUUACAGUGAAUUCAUAACAAGGGAUUGUUGAUCGAUUCGCGUGUAUUAUUUAGUUAAUCAGUAGAAUCGGUGAGGAUUUUUGAAAAAAUGGGUGAUAAGGAGGACUACUUGACGUCGUAUCGGAUGUUCUUCGAGAACUUCGCGGCGACCGUGAACCCGGAGGACCAGCUUCCUGUCAACAUCGCCGGGUACACCAUAACGGAGGCUGAACUGCCGGGAGAGGUGCUAUACUGGACCACACAGUACCUUACCGAAAAACAAUGCCCGCUGACACUGCUGACGCCGCUGCAGCGGAUCAUCCUGGACGAGGUGCAAGUCGCAUCCAAGAAGCAGCCCGCCGACUUCGGGUACAAAGCUGACGAAUCAGUGUACAUUGCCUUGCGGCUGAUGCAGGCAGUGACGGCGCGCGUGAACGCAGUAUGCUUGCGGUACCUCGACAACUCGCAACUAGACACGCUGCCGCCACCGCCCGCGCAGCCCGAGCUGCAGACCGUCUCCAUCGCCACCAAGAACUCCCGUCGAGUUAUGGAGGACAGACAUGUCGAGAUCGGCAACUUGGAGGCGCUUUUCGGGAUAGAGACGACGGAGUCGACGAGUUUCUACGCGGUAUAUGACGGGCACGCGGGGUCGGCAGCCGCCAUGUACUGCGCGGCACACCUCCACCAGUACCUGGUAGAGAGCCCGCACUUCAGCACCGACCUGCAGCGCGCAUUGCGGGACGCCUUCCUCCGGACUGACGCUGACUUCGUACGGAAAAGCAAUCAGGAGCGCGCCUGCGGCGGCAGCACGGCGGUGUGCGUGUGCGUGCGCGGCCGCAAGCUGCUGGCGGCGUGGGCGGGGGACAGCCUGGCGCUGCUGGCCAAGCGGAUGCGGCUCAUGCAGCUGGUCAGGCCGCACAAGCCCGGCCGACAGGAUGAACGAAAGCGAAUAGAAUCCUCCGGAGGCACGGUCAUGCACUGGGGUACUUGGCGGGUCAACGGACAACUAGCAGUCUCGCGGGCCAUAGGUGAUGCUCAAUACAAACCGUACGUGACGGCGCAGCCAGAGAUGGAUAUAGUGGAGUUGGACGGCGAUGAAGACUUCGUGGUGGUGGCUUGUGAUGGGCUGUGGGACUUCGUCAGCGAAGACGACGUCGCUCUGGCUGUCUACAGACAACUGGCUGCGGAUCCGGAUGACUUGAAGGCGGUGACGAAGCGGCUGGUCGUGCAAGCCAAGCGGCAGGGUUCCGCCGACAACAUCUCCAUCAUCGUGGUGUUCCUCAAGGACCCGCGAGACAUCGCCGCAGAUAACCGCCCGCCCAUGGAUCUUGGGCUGGACAACGCUCUGGCGAACGCGCCCCCGUUCGUCAUGGAGACAGAGGCGUGCAAGCGGCUGGAGGGCGCCGCGGCCGGCGUGGAAGCCGAGUGCGAGGCUGACAACGGCGUCGACAACUCGGACAGCGACAGUGAAGACCUGGGCCCCGAAACGGCCGUGGACGCCGACGACCUCGACGCGGACAGACACGAGCCGCAGCCGCCGACGCCGCCCGCACAUGAUGUGGAAGCGAACCACGUUGACGGUGGUCUGGUGGAUAAUGUAGCGGAGAGUGGCGAGGAAUCUGAAGACGAGUGGAACUACUUCAAGGGCGAGGGCGAACGCGAACAUCGCGAGGAGACUGACGAGCCCCCACGCUCUGACACACCCGGCCAGGAUAAUUCUGCUUGGGAGACGAGCUCAGUGGACAUGAACAGCUCGCCGCUGAACCCCGACGCGCCGGUGUUCGUGCCGGGCGGCGUGGGCGGGCCGGGCGGCGACGUGCUGCUGGCGGAGUCCCCGCGCAAGCCGUUGCCCAUGGACGACAUCGAGCUGCCCGACGUGGCGCAGUUCCGCUCCGAGGCCGGCGGCAGGCCCGCGGAGCUGCUCGACCUGGACAACUGCGACCACCUCAACGGACACCAUAAUGUCUCAAUCGACGAAGCGGUGAAGGAACAUUUGAAUGGCAAUGAGAAAUGCACGAUGGACAGUUUGGGCUUUGGUUUCAAUGUGGGCGUGGAGCCCGAUAAGGUUAAUGACACAGGUCUCAUACAAGACUUCGAGAGGAUACAGAAAGACACCACAGACUUCUGUAAUAUACAGGUGUUCCAGGCGCACACUGAAACCAACCCCUUCGCAACGGAAGGUAACGAUGAGCUAUUUGAAAGGUUGAAAAACAAAGAGAGGGACCCAAUGAGCAUGAGUUUCUACCAGGAGAAGGACGACGACACGUGCGACAACGCGCGCGUCGACCUCAACGCGGUGCAACCGUUGCCUGACAGUGAUGAUGACGAAGGCAAUACCAACGGCCUAGUGCAUGACGAGAAAGAGAACAUCCGGCCAGGAGAGCUCCUAGAGCCCGCUUCCGAACCCAACAACGACAUCAUCCGGUUCGACGAAAGACCCGACGUGCCCACACCCUUCGCCCGCGACAACUUCAUGGAAUACGACGCCGCCACCAACAACAUGCAGAAUUACAACAUAGACUUCGAGUCGAGCAACGUCCCCGAAGACGUCGCACACACCGACACGCCGGAAUCACACAAGUUACUCUUCGAACAGAUACCCGAAAUACCCGACGGAAAGAGUUCCGAAUUAGGCUUCGCGAACGACGAGGUGUUAGACCCGUCGGAGAGCGUCGACGACAGAGCGAUCACACCGCAAGAGGAAACGUCUCAGGACGUCGAUAUGGAGAGUAAAAUGGACGAUUCCCCGUGCGAAGAUAUGCAGCCCAAGCUCAGCCCUAAGCCGGCGAUAGAGGAACAAAACGACAUUGGUCACGGGAACGAGUUGCACGGCGAGCCACCAGUAGAUAACGCAAUGAAUGAGAUUAUUUCAGAAAGCGAAUUGAAGCCGCAGGAAGAGGCGUGCUUACUAUCCCCGUCCCCCGCGCCGGCUGACGACGUGUCCGCCGCCGCCACCACGCCCGAGCAGGCGCACGACGUACAACAGAACAUCAUAGCGGACGUACACCAGGAUUCACAGUUCGACAUCGACGACAAAUUCGAUGUCGACGACAGAGUCGGCGGCAUACCCGAAGUGGAAGUCGACGUCCCCAUUCCGGAAAUUCAGUUCGAGGCUGAAGUGGCGGUGGCAGAGUCCCCGCUACCGGCCGCGUCGCCACUGCCCGCGCAAUCUCCGCUACCCAGUGAGUCCCCACUUCCAGCAAAAUCUCCCCUCCCCGUGGAGUCCCCUCUACCCGCGGAGUCACCACUACCAGCAAAAUCCCCCCUCCCCGUGGAGUCCCCCCUACCCGCGGAGUCCCCCCUUCCCGUGGAGUCCACCUUCCCAGCGGAGUCCCCGCUGCCGAGCGAGUCGCCGGCCCCCGCGCGCUCCCCGACUCCCGCCAAGUCGCCCGCACCUUCACAUCACGAGGAAACUAUCGAAGCGGCGCCUUCACCAUUCCCGACAGAAUCUCCCAUGCCAAUGCCGACGGAACCCCAAGAGCCGUCGGCACCGUCCCCCGUGCCGAGCGAGGAGCCGCCCACGGCGUCCCCGGUGCCGGCCGAGGUGCCGCUGCCGCGGGACUCCCCGGCGCCGCCGUCCCCCGCGCCCGAGCCCGCGCUGUGCCCGCGCACGGCCUCCCCCGCGCCCGCCUCCCCCGCGCCCGUCGCCCCGGCGCCGGCCGAGCCGUCGCACGCCGCGUCCCCGGCGCCGGCCGAGCGGCUGACCCCGGAGCCCGCUCACGAGGAGGCGCACGUGCCGGAGCCGAGUGGCCCCACCCCCGACAUCGUACCUGAGGAACCGCCGCGCUCCGACCUCGUGACCGACAUCGAUAUCGGCAUCCCCGAGUCCCGCGCGCAGGAGAUCUGCAUGCCCGUCACCAGCGAGAUCGCCGAGUCCAGCGAGCUGGCGGCCGCCACGCCGCCGCCCACGCCCGCCGCGCCGUCGGCGCAGCCCGAUCCUCUCGACCAGCUCAACAUCGCGCCGGUCAGCGAAACUCUGAUCGCCGCCGACAUCAAGCCCGAGGAGAAGCCCGAAGAGACGCCCGCUCUAGCCGCGGCCGCCGUGGCCGCCACCGCAGCCGUCGCCGCCACGGCCGCCACCGUGGCCGCCGUCUCCAAGACGAAAGCGCCCGCCUCCGCAACCAAGAAAUCCCCAACGACGCCGAAACCCGACUCGCGGCCGGCGAAACCAGCCACGAAGACGAGCACCCCGACGACGCGCACCACCCCCCUGGCGGCCAAGAAGCCCGCGUCGGCCGCCGCCACACCCGCGACCAAGUCCCCGGCCGCCGCCAAGACGACCCCAGCGCGGACGCCACUGUCGGCUGCGCGACCUACCGCUGCCAAGACAACCCCCGCGAAGCCGACCCCGCCAGCAUCGAAGGCCCCGUCCGCGAAGAGCUCCCCGGCGCCCGCGCGGCCCGCUCCCAUAUCGAGACCUACGACUGCGAGACCGGCGCCCGCCAAAGACGCCCCGGCCAAGGAGGCCCCCGCGGCCGCGAAGCCGCCCCCGAUCUCCCGCGCCGGCGCCGCGGCUUCCCGCGCGGCCCUCAGCAAGGCGGCGCCGCGGCCCGCCACGGCGGCCAGCAAGCCCGCCGCCCCCGCCCCCACCGCGCCGCGCCCCGCCAGCGCCCGGCCCGCCGCCGCGGCCCCGCGCCGCCCGCCCGUCGACAAGAAGCCGCUCACCAACGGCGACGUGAAGCCGGCGGCGCGCCCCGCCCCGCGCCCCGCGCCCGCCUCCCGCGCCGCGCCGCGCCCCACGCCGCGCCUGCCCGCCGCACCACCCGCCUCGGCUGCCGCUGCGACACUCAAGAGCGCCGCCCCGAAGCCGGCGCCGCGAGCGACGCGGCCCCCCGUCAAAGACGCUGACAAGCAGAGCAAGGAUCUCGCCAACAAACGCAUCACAGCAAAGGCAGCGCCGCCUAGGACCGCCGCUACCAAGGCCCCUGUAGGCACUAAGAGCGUCCCAGUGAAGACUGCUAUAAAGAAGCCGAGCGAGGCGACGAAGAAGGAGCCCGUCCCCAACGGCGACAGCCACGCGCUGCCCAACGGCGCGGACGCGUGCGCCAAACCGCCGCCGUCGCCGCCCGCGGCCGACAACGCGCUGCUGCCCGACGUCAUCGCGUGAACACACCACUCGUCGAUUCCUAUUAUUUCCGCUUGAAUUUUGUGAUUUUCUAUAAGUGUAUGAUAGUUUUAACGCCGUUCGUAGCGGCGAGUCGUUAGGUGCGGGAGUCUCCUCCCACUUUUAUAUUAUUAUAGAAGUCGCUUUUAUAGACGUGUACGUUGCUGGUUCGUUACGCGGCCGCGGGCGACGCGGCGGCGCGGCCACGCGCGUCGUCGCGUCGCUCGCCUCCACACAAUAAACGGUUAUUAUCCAUUAUUAUGAGUCUGUUUUUAGAAUUUUAUAUUACCAACGAAUGAUUGAUUAAAUCUGGCUUUUUAAUUUAUUUUCUUUGUAUAACCGUAUUAUUUAAAUAAAAAUGUGAGGAAGGACUGA